GAUCCGGGGGCCCCCAGCCACUGGUGGAGGGCGUGGGGGGUUGAGGCGAAAACCCCUCCCCAUCUCUUUCUAAAGAAACCACCAGCCUCAGCGGGGCGCUCGGCUACUUCAGCUCGCAGGCCGGAGCUGUGCGGAGAGGGAGGGGACCCCGACUCGAGUAAGUUUAGAGCGCAACGUAGUCAGUCCGGGGCAGCAGCAAGAUGCCGAGCGCGCCGUGCAGACCUGGAGCUCUACGAAAGCAGCUUCGUCCUGCCUGAGCGAGGCUGCGGUUUCCGAGGCCCUCUCCAGCCAAGGAAAAGCGACACAAAAAGCUUGGAUCUCUCUCACUGAACCACCCCCGCAGCAAGUGAAGGCUCGCUCGGCCUCGCCCUCUAGCGUUCGUCUGGAGAAGCGCCAUCCUCGGGUUCCUGGGGACGCAGAGCGCACCAUGGGCUCCACCAGCAUCCCGCUGGUCAAGGCCCUACGCAGCUCUGUCUCCGACUACGUCAACUAUGACAUCAUCGUCCGGCAUUACAACUACACAGGAAAGCUGAAUACCAGCGCGGACAAGGAGAACGGCAUUAAACUGACCUCAGUGGUGUUCAUUCUCAUCUGCUGCUUUAUCAUCCUAGAGAACAUCUUUGUCUUGCUGACCAUUUGGAAAACCAAGAAGUUCCACCGACCCAUGUACUAUUUUAUUGGCAACUUGGCCCUCUCAGACCUGUUGGCAGGAGUGGCCUACACAGCCAACCUGCUCUUGUCUGGGGCCACCACCUACAAGCUCACCCCCGCGCAGUGGUUUCUGCGGGAAGGGAGUAUGUUUGUGGCUCUGUCUGCCUCCGUGUUCAGCCUCCUAGCCAUCGCCAUUGAGCGCUAUAUUACCAUGCUGAAGAUGAAACUCCAUAACGGGAGCAACAGCUUCCGCUCCUUCCUGCUGAUCAGCGCCUGUUGGGUCAUCUCGCUCAUCCUGGGUGGCCUGCCCAUCAUGGGCUGGAACUGCAUCAGCACUCUGUCCAGCUGCUCCACGGUGCUGCCGCUCUACCACAAGCACUAUAUCCUCUUCUGCACCACUGUCUUCACUCUGCUCCUGCUCUCCAUCGUCAUUCUAUACUGCAGGAUCUACUCCUUGGUCAGGACUCGCAGCCGCCGUCUGACUUUCCGCAAGAACAUUUCUAAGGCCAGCCGCAGCUCAGAGAAGUCGCUGGCGCUGCUCAAGACCGUGAUUAUCGUCCUGAGCGUCUUCAUCGCCUGCUGGGCGCCUCUCUUCAUCCUGCUCCUGCUGGACGUGGGCUGCAAGGUGAAGACCUGCGACAUCCUCUUCAGAGCAGAAUACUUUCUGGUGUUGGCGGUGCUCAACUCUGGCACCAACCCCAUCAUUUACACUCUGACCAACAAGGAGAUGCGCCGGGCCUUCAUCCGAAUCAUGUCUUGCUGCAAGUGUCCCAGCGGAGACUCCACUGGCAAAUUCAAGCGUCCUAUCAUCGCAGGCGUGGAAUUCAGCCGCAGUAAGUCGGACAACUCCUCCCACCCCCAGAAGGAUGAUGGAGACAACCCAGAAACCAUUAUGUCCUCUGGAAAUGUCAACUCUUCUUCCUAAAACUGAAAGCUGCCAACCCAUGGGCAGCAUUCUUGCAUGGUCACCCACCACCCCAGUGUUUGGAAAAAAAUCUCUGCGCCUCGACUGCUACCAGGGAGGAGCUGCUGCGAGCCAGAGGGAGGGAGGGGGAGAGUAAGAACGGCCUGGUCCGGCCGGGUGUUGGUGGGUAGAGUUAGUUCCUGUGAACAAUGCACUGGGAAGGGUGGAGAUCAGGUCCUCGCCUGGAAUCUAUUUCCUCCCCCCUGGAGCUUUGAUUUUGCACUGAGCCAAAGGUCUAGCAUUGUCAAGCUCCUGAAGGGUUCAUUUGGCCCCUCCUCAAAGACUAGUAUCCCCCGUGUGAAAGCCUCUCUCUCAGGAGCUUUGAGGAGAAGAUGUUUUCUUUGACUUUAGUUUCCAACCCAACUGAGUGUGUGCACUUCUGCUUCUCUAGGUAUGCUCUACAUAUCCCACCCUCCCUUCCCCUUCACUCCCCUCCUCAAAAUUCUUUUACUUUAUAUUUUAACUACCUGGCAUUCAUCAGAGCUGGGGGUGUGGCAUGGUCCAUUUCUUGAUCAUCUGUAGCAGCUAGGCUGGGUCCAGGGAGUAGACUGUGAGGAGAUGGAGAUGGUUUGGAGAUGUAAAGCAAUUUCAUUUGCUGAGGCCAAAGUUUCCACAUCAGCCGGAUCAGUGUCUUGGAAUUUGGUUGUAGUCACUUUGAUUUUUGUUUUUUUAUCUUUACAAUGAAAUGUUACAGUAUCAUAUCCAUUGUGGCUGAAAUAUGCAUAAGGAUUUGUCUAAAUGGUGUCAGCCAGGAUCCUCGGUGUCAUAGGAGAAACAAACAAGCAAAAGAAGGUGAAAACUGACUGGGGGGUGAAUUUGUAAACACAGAGAUAUUUCUAAACGAAUUUGUCUAACAAAUACAGCAUCUUUUUUUGGCACUUUUGUUGAUGUUUAUGUCAGAGUAUUGUGUGAAUCAUUUCAACCAACAGGAUGGUUAUAUUUUGUUGUGUUAAAAGUACUUUUCCUGAUUUUUGAAUGUAUUUGUUUCAGCAUUUUAUUGGAUUUUUCUAACCUGUGUUAACACCAUUGAAUGUGUAUUUCUUAAGAAAAUGCCACCCUCUUGUGCCCUUAAAGCAUUACUUUAACUGAUAGGGAACGUCAGAAGAUUUCAGUACAGCUGUUUAUCAGAUACUUAAUUGAAGAUGUGUAUAAAUGUUACAAAGAAUAAAAAUAUAUUGCUGUCUUUUUAGUAUGGUUUUCAGUGCAAUUAAACCAAGAAAUGUCUUUUUUUUAAAAAAUAGUAUUUAAUAGGUUUCUGACUUUUGUGGAUCAUUUUGCACAUAGCUUUAUCAACUUUUAAACAUUAAUAAACUGAUUUUUUUAAA